AUGGCACAAACAAAUCGUAUGUAUCCUAUAAAUUAAUAAAUUAUACAUUAAUAUAUCCUGAUGUAAUGUUGUAAUUAAUUGUUAUAGAAAGCAUAUGUUCAAUAUUGCCUAAAAAUAUAACAAAACAAAUUAGUACAUGUGAAAACAGCGAACAAUAUAUCACGAAUUUUCUACAAAAUGCAUUGCCUCCCACUGAUACCGCCUCAAUAGCAAAUGAAUUAAGAAAGUCAUUGAUACUGGGUAAACACAAGAGCAAAUGGAACAAAAAGAAACAAUGCAAAGGAAAGUUAUUAACUAAUAGAAAACGUAUGCAACUUGGUUUACGUAAAAUUAGUUGCCAAGUGAAUAGUAUGAAAUAUAAGGACUUAUUACCAUUGAAUCAAUUGUGGUUAAAUUACAUGGAGCAAGUGCUUGGUUCCAAGUUUUUCGAUAACAUUCCAAAAGAUCCAACUGAUCCAAAUUGGGAAAAUGUUAAUCAACAGUUGAUUAAAGCAGAUUUUCAUGGUGCUGAAAUUUCUAUUGUUCGAGCAAAGUGUCCUAGUCUGAUUGGAUUAAGUGGUAUAGUUGUUCAAGACACCAAAAAUAUUUUUAGAAUUUGUGGAGAAGAUAAUAUUAUACGAACAAUACCCAAAGAUGUUGUUGUUAUGAAUAUGCAUUUGAAGGAUAUCAAAUUAGAAUUCUUUGGAAAAGAUCUUUCUAUAAAACCUACUGAACGAACAAUAAAAAAGUUUAAAUGUGGACGUGUAUAUGAACUAUAAAAUUUGCAUUUUUGUAAAAUUAGAAAUGAAUUUUUCUUCCAAUAUUAAUAUAUAGAGUAUUGUUAUUAUCCCCUAAAAUAUUAUGUUAACACAUACAACAAUUACAACAAACAAUUUAUUCUGUAAAAAACAUAAAAGCGUUAAGAAAUUUAUUUUAUCUAUUUUGAAAGAAACUAAUUCAGAUAUUGAUUGCCAGUUAAGCUAAUAAAGAUUGAGAUAAUAAAAUAUAAUAGAAUAUAUAGAAUAGAAUGUAUAGAAAUACAUUCUUCCUUGAAAAAAAAUUAAUUCUUUUAGAAGAGAAUUUUUUAAAUUUGUUUUUCUUACUAAAAAAUAUUUAAUUAUGUUUGAUAUUGAAGUAUCUGAAAAAAUGAUGUUAAAACAUAUUAACACUGAUAUUACUGAUGAUAAAAUGUAUAAAUAGGAUCAUAAAAUUAAUGUAAACUAUGUAUUCAAGUCAUACAGUUGUUUAUUGAAAUAAAUUUAAUAGCGAUAAAUGUCUCACAUUUUAUACUGACUUUCAACAUUACAGGUAUAUGAUUUUGAUCAUGUAUAUGUAUAUUUGUGUAAUUAACAACCAAUUUUGGUAUAUUUAUUUCUAAAUUUACUAAUAUUUUAUUAUAAUCCACAAUAUCCAAACAAUGAUACAAUUACAUUACGAUUUUGUCUGCAGAACAGCAGACAUUAGAUAUAUUUUUUAAUCUACAUUUUUAUUCAUUACGUAAUUUUAAUGAAAGUGAAGUGAUUAUUGGGAAUGUUACAGACUCUUCUUUGCAUCAUCUAAUUUUAACAUUUUUCACUUAAUAUAUGCAGUUAAAAUGACUGCAAUCAUUAAAUACCAAACGAAAGUUGCUCACAAUAGUUUAUCAUAUUAUUGUGAUAGUACGAUUUUUUUUUUCAAUUUCUAAUGUUCGCUUUAUAUUUAUAUGAAUAAUGAGAACAAUUUGCAAGUGCAUAUCGCCUAUUUCUUUUGCGAUAUAUGACAGAAAAAAUGUCAUUCAAAAUGCUUAUGCGAUAAUGUUGCUCUUUUAGGAACAUUGAAUGUAAGAUAUGCCAGAAAAAGAUACUAUUUUUUCCGAUAUAUCUUGUACAUUGAUCCUGAUUUAUUACCAGAGCAUUUUAUACAAACGAUGUGAAUCAUUUAACGAACAGAAACGUCAACGAUUCUGUCAUUCUCUAUAUGUAUGGGAUCUGGUUAUCCAACUUGCAUUAAUACUCGUAUUGUAAUUUCAUUAUACAUUAAUAUAACGAACAAUAGGACAUUAUAUAAAUACAUUGUAUAAUUCAAAUACAAUAGGUAAAAUAAAAAACUUGAAAUUAUAUUUCUAAAAAAACUAAACACGUUAGAAAUAAAAUUAUUACCUAGCUCAUAUAUCCUUAUAACACCUCCACUUUCUUUACAAGUGUUAUAAUACUUUAAUGUAAUGUGUACAAAAAAAAUACGAUAAGAUCAUAAUAUUGUAAGCCAGCAUAAACAAGUUUCAGUACAUAUAUCCAUACAUCAAUAUGACGAGAUCGUUAUAAAGUUUGUUAUAUUUUCAAUGGACUAAAUAUGCUCUCUGUCUAGUAAGAGUAUAUCAGAGAGCUACCUCGAUUAUCGUUACUUUUUCUUUUUUUUCUUUUCCUUUAGAAGAGCAUAUAACAUUACUAUUCUAUAUCUCACAAUUUGGCUGUCUGGUCAAAUGCUAAAGUUAUUUAUGCAUGCCACAACAAUAACACACAUAGAUAUUAAAUUUAUAUACUGAUAGACAUACAAAUGUAUUUCAUAUCUUACUAUAUUUAAAUUUCUACAUACAUUACGUACAGUUUACAGAUUUCUUAGCUUCAUUUCGCAUUAUACUGAUGUACUGAUAUAUGUCGCUUUCUUUUAUUUAUUUUGCUAGAUAUUUUGAGGCUCGUAUAUUUGACUGCGACAACAACGUUAGUGAAUCUAAAUAAAUAGAUCCUUUUUUUAUUACUACAAAUUAUAUAUAUUAGAAUAAAAUUUUCCCACACUUCAUUUUCCAUUGGAUGGAUAUGAAUAUAAUAUGUCAGUUUUUUCUCUCAAUAAUCAGUUAAAUAUUUUUAACCCAAAUUUGUUCUUCUUUUUUUUUUCUUUUUCUUUUUUUUUUUUUACUAAAAAGGAAGCACUUCGUAAUUUGGUGACACAUUUAUUGAAUUGAAACUUACAAGUAUUUAUUUUUAAUAUUGUUAAUUUUAUGUUACCUUAAACUAAAACUUUUGUUUCCAAUAUUUAAACAAAGGCACGUACGUAAUACAUCGAUAUUUCAAUGAAACUAUGUCGUAUUUACUUCAUGAAGUAACAUAGAAUAAUCCAAUUCAAUUGGUAGAAUGUUUCAAUAUAACAUGAAUUACUAAAAUUAUUACUAUUGCAUACUUGUUUAAAGGUUUAUUACAUGACAUCUUGUAUUCACAAAAUAUUUAAGUAUUUUUUUUUGUUUUUAUUACGGUUAUUUUCAUUUUCCGUAAACAAUGAACUUUUUAAUUACUUUAACAGUAAAUUAAUUAUUUUAUAAAUGUUACUCAUAAACUAGAAAUUCACGCUUAAAUAUUUCGUAGUUUACUUUGAAUUCAUUAUCUUUAUUUAUGAUACAAUUAUUUUGCAGCAACGCGUUUUUCUUUAAUGAUAUUGUUUUAGCAUUUUAUAUAAUUGUGAGCUAUUGA